AUGUUAUACCUUGUGGGUAGUAUUGAAAAAUCUUGUUCUACUGUAUCAAAGACUUUUUCAAAUACUUUAUAAUUUUAAUCCUAUAUAUCAAGUUGUUUUGCUAAUAAUUCUGUAAUCCAUCUUAAAGAUUUUAAGAUUUGCUUGCUUCAUGUUCAGCCAGAAGAGCAUCUGAAAAUUGUGAAAUAUCAAGAGCAGGAUUCCAAACUUGUAUAUAGGUUUCAUCUUCUUCAUCUUGUGUUGAAAAAGUCUUGUGCAACAGCUAACCUAGUUAGAACAACUAAUGUAAUUUCACGAGGAUAAUUUUCAGUUGUUAAUUUUUCAAAUUACUUAACUUUAUAUGCUAAAACUGAUACCUAAAGUACUUGUAUUUCGAUAUAGAAUCAUUAUAUUACAAAUAAUACAUCUGAUAGAUGCAUGAAUAAACCUUUUAGUUGUAAUUCGUUAGUCCAAGAUAAAUGUACAAUUGGAUUUACAAUAAAAGAUAAUUGCUACUGA